GAGCGGGGCAAGGGUGUUCGGUUUUGUGUGAGUAGAAAGUUGGCAACCCUAAUCGGAACCUUGGGGUAAACUCAUCCUUAAUGGGAAUUCAGAGAGAGUGUUAGGGUGAAGGGAAUGGUGGUUUGUUAAACAAAUUAGUAAUAUGGGAGUUGAUUUACAGUCUUCCUGUUUAUGGAGUCUUGAAAUAUGCAAUGGUGUGGUAGUUUGGGGUGGGUGGAUAGGGUCAUCUUAUUUAAAUUGGUUUAUACAGGAGUACAGCAGUUUAUAUCUGUUUAUUCAACACUUUUUGAGAUGGAAGGUACUGUGUAGAGUAGAGAAAAAGCCUCUGAUUAUGGCAUCAUCUGGAAGAAAGCAUUCAGGGAAAGCUGGUAAACCAAUACAGGAAGAUCAAGCCUUAUGUGCCUAUAACUUUCAGGAAGAGGAAAAGAAAAACUUGAGUGGAUCAGAAGAAGAUAUUAGGGAAGGUGCAGUAUAUCCCAUGAAAUCAUUUUCAUCAAGUUUGAUUAAGAGAGAGUGUUUGUGUGACACUCCAGUAAUUGAAAAACAUGGGAAAAAAAGACCUUCGGUGACUCCUCAUGCAGUAGUUGAAGAAGAUGUGGGGGGUGAAGUACAGACUAUGUUGGAACGAUUUGGAGCUGACAUUAACAAGGCUCUCUUGGCUAAGAGGAAAAGAUUAGAAAUGUAUACUAAGGCUUCUCUUAAAACCAGUAACCAGAAAAUUGAACAUGUUUGGAAAACACAGCAAGAACAGAGACAGAAGCUCAACCAGGAGUAUUCCCAGCAGUUCCUGACUUUAUUUCAACAAUGGGAUAUGGACAUGCAGAAAGGAGAGGAACAGGAAGAAAAACUCGCGAAUAUGUUUCGCCAGCAACAGAAGGUUUUUCAACAAGCAAGAAUAGUUCAGAGUCAGAGACUGAAAACAAUUAAACAGCUGUAUGAGCAGUUCUUAAAGAGUAUGGAAGAACUGGAGAAAAAUCAUGAAAACCUUCUAGCAGGUGCACAAAAUGAACUUCGCAAAGAAAUGGCUAUGUUGCAAAAGAAAAUCAUGAUGGACACUCAACAGCAAGAGAUGGCAACUGUUCGCAAGUCUCUUCAGUCCAUGUUAUUCUGAUGGCUCAGUGAAGAAACAACUUGCACCUAAGUAACAUGAUACAAUUAUAGCCAUUAGCCAUGGAAAAAUAAGUCUGUUCCUUUAAAAUUCCAAUUUAAGAGUUCCUAUUAAUCAAACUGUUACAUGUAUUGUUUCAAUAAUGUUACUAGUGAACUUAAUAAUCCUAUUUUUUCAUGUUCUUAAUGGAAGAGAUUGCAAACUGGAUUCUUUCCUCAGAAACUAUUAAUAUGUCUGCUCGAAUCCUCCUUAACCUCAUUGCAGUGAGAGUUGCUUUUCUAACACUAAGGCAGUAUUAUAAAAUGCAAGACUAUAGCAGUAUGGAGGUUAAUAGAUGUUUACCUCUUGGAAAAGGUGAAUAUGAAUCUGUGUACCAUAGCUGGCAUUAAUGCAAAAUGGAUCACAAAAUUCCACCAAUAAUGACAUCACAGGAUUAAAAGGACACAUUAAAAACUUGAUGCUCGUUAUGCAAAAAUGUACCUUUGCAACUUUAUAAUUGUGAACUAAAGAAACCUCCAAAAUAAUCCUAGGUUCUGUGUGUAUAUCUUGCAUAUUUAGCAGGAUAACAUACCAGAAAGUUUAGGAAUUAAAAGUAUGCUACACACAAAUUAUAUUUCUUUGGUACUUUAGGUUAUUAGACUACAUCUUGUGGUUUACUCUUUUUCUGUUCUAGGCACUGUAAUGGUUGAAGGUUUUUUUAAAGUAUCAUUAGUAGCCUUAUUAUAAGCUGUACGUUGUACUUUACUGCACUAACAAGGACAUACGUUUGCCAAGGCGGCAAGACUCGUUAGUCAUGGUAAACUAGCUGUUUUGGCUUUACAGCAUAGAGCACAUAAUUGGUUUAAAUGAGCCAAAAUAAACAACAAUUUACAACACAGUCUGCAGUGAUUAUUGAUAACACUACACAUCUAGAUACUAUCAGUUCCUGUGGACCAUUUUGGAAGUGAUAUUAAAGUAGAUGCCCAUCUCCAGAGCUGUAGUUGGAAGGGUAGUUCUUGCUGCUUUUUGAAAGAAUUAGCAGUUUAGUAAAGGAUUAAGUUUUUAAAGUAAAUUCUUUAUAUUUUGUAUAUCACAGUACAGUGAAUUCUGAUUUACUUUUUUACAGCCAGGUUGGAGUUUUCAUGCAUUUGUUUUACAGAAAACCACUGUAUACACAUUCAUUUCUUACAAUUUAGGAAAUCCCUGAAAUAUUUUCAAAUUUUGAUUUAAUACAAAAAAUAACAUUUGGUCAUUAGCUGCUUGACAUCACUAACAAAUAUAACUUGGAGGAACUAACACUCAGUUGUAAUGACAGUUUUAGCUUUGAUUCUAUAAAAACGUAUAGUAAUAUGCCCAUAAAGAAUGAUUUUUUUUGUCCAGUCUUUCCUAGAGUUGCUCUAAAAGUGCAGUUUUCCAAAGGGUUCCAAAACCAGACCAGAGAGAUUCUGUAUAAAAUAUUUGUUCAUUACUUAAUGUUUACAUUUUGGAAUUGGGUUCCCCCCGUUUUCUGACUGCUUCCUGGAUUCUGGAGCCUGUGUCAUAUUUUAGGGAGUUACUGUUGCACUAUUUUCUGGAUAGGGACAUCUAGGCCAGCUGUUCAUAUUGCCAGGGCAGUUUUUCAGUCCCUAUUUAAAACUGGGAUAGAGGAGGGGAACAGUCUUCUAGAGAGGGGAUUUGUGAUGGCCUAUGCAAUGGAAACAACUAAGCUACUGUGGAAGCAAGGAAAGAAUUACUGGAGAAAUAAUAAAGUAUUUAAUUUUGCUACACCCAAACAAAAAGCGAGAACUAAGUUUUUCUUCGACACUACUUAUCUGAGAUUGAAAUUUUGAGUUAGUAAGCACCAUUGCAGCCACACUUUUCCACAACAGUUAUUAGGACUCAGAGCAAUAAACACUCGUUCAGUGCUAAUUCACACAUGUUGGGAAGACAUGUUAAAGUGUGAGAGACUUUGGUGUCUACCAAGUCAUGGAACUCCACUUAUAUUAUCUCUAAGUUGUCAUUUAAGUAUAAUCAGAUAAUGCUGUAAGAUUUACUCAGUCUUUUCUGGUAUGAUAUAGUCAAACAAAUGUUUUUCAGUCCAAUAGAAAGAAUUGCCUACAACAUAAUUUUAUUACUGCACAACAUUAAUACCCACAGGCAUAACUAUACCCUACAUCACAACUUGUUUUGAGAGCACAACACAAGCUUCUUA